CUUAGCAUAUAUCAUCAGAAAAACUUACCUAUUAUGAGUUUCGUCCUCACAGAUCUGCAACUGAUGCUUUUUAAUCUGAGUAAAAGAUAUAUAGGGGCACGAAUAUAAAGUUUUAAUUUUAGCCCGGGUUAAUUAAUGGUUUUGUUGGCGGCAAGACCAAGUAGACUGUCUCUCCUGCUCCGGAGGCGCGACUGUCAAAGGCGAUAAAUCAGCUGGUUGUGUAAUGAGUCUCGCAGUCGAGCCCGGUGAUGAAUGUGUGGAAUAAGAAGAGAGACCGCGCUGAACAAUGACGUGCUGUCCGUAGUGUGUGUGUGUGUGUGUGUGUGUGUGUGUGUGUGUUUCUAAUGUCAUUACUAAAAGACAGACGGAGAGCGCAGAAGCAGCAGAAUCUGCAGCAUAUGAACUCCAUAAGAGUCUCCACUGGAACAAUGAUUUAGAGUCGAGCGCUGCUCGUUUGUGCUUCGCACUUUUAACAACUUUCGGGAGCAAAAUAUAAUAUUAUUCACAGUGAUCAUGUCAGAAUCUGUACGGAAGAUGCUGAGGGCGAAGCUCGUAGUGCUGGGAAGAGAUAACUGUGGGAAGACAGCUCUGUGUGUCAGAUUCAUCACCAGGCGUUUUAUUGGAGAGUAUGAACAUAAAAAGGAGGUCACCUACAGGUGUCAGAAAAUUGUGGACAAGGAGGCGAUUGAACUGGAGAUUUUAGACACUGUUAAUAAGGAGUGUGUAGGACCUGCUGCGUCCUCUCUGGAGAGUUCCAUUAAAUGGGGUGAUGGGUUUCUCAUUAUGUACUCCGUGACGGACCGCAGCAGUUUUGAGGCUGUGUCGCGCCUGAAAAGGCUGAUUGACCACGUUAAACAAACACUCGGUAUUCCAACAGUCAUCGUUGCCAAUAAAUGUGACAUGGAGAACGGCCGAGUGGUGAGGACAGAUGAGGGGCAAGUUUUAGCCUCAGACCUGAGGUGCAGUUUCUUUGAGCUGUCUGUAGCCGAGGACACUUCAGCAGUGGAGGCUGCGUUCGGCCAGCUGGUGCGUGAAGUGCGUCAGGAGUUUCAGCGCCACCUGGUGGCUAUGGACAAGCGCUCACGGAUGCUGCAGAUGAGACAUGCACUCAAAAACAAACUCACACGGAGUAAAACCAUGCAGUGGUGACAAGGAGGACUAAAUGCAGUUAAGACCUAACAACUAUAUUGCUGUAUCCUGUCAUGACUACCUUUCAGAGAAGAACAAGUCCCUUUUGGGUUUCCAAAUACGGUCAUGGACAGUGUUAUCUGUAUGUAUAUUUAUGACACACAGCAUAAAGUAGGAAAAGCAAGUGUUUUUAAAAAUGCAGUGUGUAAUUUAUGUGCCACUGGCAGUACCGAAUUGAAUUGCAAAAACAAUAAAUGCUAAAAUGGACUAACAGGUAGUCCCAACUCAAACAUUUGCAACUGAUUGAGCCAGAGGCUGAUGUGUCGGAACAAAAAAUAAAAGAACUACUAAAAACCUUGCAGAUAUCAACCUCUGUGCAAUAAACUGGUUUAAGAGAAAGUAUUUUUAACAUCUAAAAAGGAUCCAUUUGAACACUUGAGCUCAGUAUACUGCUCCUGCAUCACUUUCACUGUAAGUGGAAGCUUUCCAGUGUAACAUUCAUUCUGUAUUUAAAUUUCAUUUAAUGUGUGAAGUCAUAAAUGCUUAUUUAUAUGCACUGGAUUCAUUCUGAUAGACCGUUUGUCUAGUAUUAUUAAGUCAUGCCUAAAAUAGCAAAUGAUGCACCAUGUGGCAGAUGAUCUAUGUCCUAUGACUUGGUAUUUUAAUGCUGUUUUGAUCCAAUUUCAUUCUUAUGUGCCUCUGUGAGAUUUAAAUGUCAUGAGGGAACAAAACCAAUUAUAUGGUGUUUUCCAUUUGAGGCAGCUGUUUUUAGACUUUCUACAUUCUGCCAGUGCACAAUCCACUCCAUGUAGUAAAAUGUUUCCAAAAUGGGUUACAGUAUAGUCCAUCAUAAGGCUAUACUUUUUUUUUUGUAAUAUUUAUUGUGGUGGUGUUAUUCUUACAAUGUACAUUAGUAUGAGUGUUAAUAUCCAUUUGUUGCUUCAAUGUAAACCAGAACUAGAGAGAAAAAACAGACUAUUUAAAUUUACAAUUUUAUUUAGCAAAAAUGGUAAAAAUAAAUAAAUACAAAUUGAUCAAA